AUGCACACGCCGGACACAAAGCCCGAUCCUGUCGUGAUGGUCGAGUCCGCCAACGCCAAAGAGGAGGCCCUCGACUCGGAGCUUUUCUCGCCUGAGGAGGAGCGUCGUUUCAGCUACGACAAGGGCAUCAUGAGCGCGGCCACGCAGUUUGACUUUAAUGCGGAUCUCGGUCUCACGACAAUUGUCGGCUACACCGAAACAGGCACCCCCAUCACCAACAACCAAAAGUACGCCAACGCCAGCAUGAUGUUCUAUGUCGGCUACCUGAUCGGCACCUACCCGCAAAUGUACCUGACGCAGCGCUUCGGCGUCACGCGCGUCAUCUCGCUGUCCGUCCUCGCCUGGGGCGCCAUUGUCAUGGCCACGAGCGCGUGCUCCAACUAUGCGGGCAUCAUGGUGGCGCGUCUGUUCCUGGGCAUCAUGGAGGCGGCCGUCGCGCCGGCCUUUACGGUGCUCGUCACGUUCUGGUGGACGCGCGAGGAGCAGGCCCUGCGCACCAGUCUGUGGUACUCGUGCGUCGGCAUGGCCACGAUGCUGUCGCCGCUCAUCAACUACGGCAUCGGGCACGGCGUGCACGGCGCCCUCCACGAGCCGUGGAAGUACAUGUUCCUGAUCGUUGGCGCCGUGACGGUCGCGUGGUCGUUUGUCCUCGCCGUCUUCUUGCCCGACACGCCGCUCAACUGCGCGCGGCUCCGCGACGACGAAAAAGCCCUGGCCGUGCGCCGGCUCGCCCGCAACAACGCCGGCACCGUCAGCCGGCAGUUCAAUGCCGCUCAGUUCCGCGAGGCCUUUUUGGACUACAAGACGUACAGCAGCGCCCUCAUCAUCCUGCUGACGGGCGUGCCGUCGGGCGCCAUCGGCACGUUCGGCACCAUUGUCAUCAACGGCUUUGGCUUUGACCAUUUCGCGUCGCUCGCCCUCACCAGCCCCAUUGGCGCCAUCACGGCCCUCUCCAUUCUGCUGGCCGGCUACGUCACGCGCCGCUGGCUGGGCCUGCGCCACGUCAUCAUUGUCGCUCUGGCCCUCGUCUCGAUCACGGGCACGCUGUUUUGCUGGUUCGGGCCGCGCAGCAACCGCGGCUUUCUGUUUGCCGGCGUCUUCUUGCUGGCCGUGCAAGUCGCGGCCGGCGGCCAGGCCGUGUCGCUGGCGGCCUCCAACACGUCCGGGCACACCAAAAAGGCGACCGUCAGUGCAUCCACGUUCCUGGGCUACUGCAUCGGCAACAUUAUCGGGCCCCUCAUCUUCGGCGCGUCGCCGGGCCCGCUGUACCAUGCAGGCUUCCUGGGCAGCUUUAUUUGCCUCGUCUGCGUCGUGGUCAUCGCCAUCGUCGCCUACAUUCUGCUGCGCCUCGAGAACCGCAGGCGGGACCGGCUGGCCAUGGCGGGCGGUGUGCGGCGGCACACGAUUGACGAGGACCUGACGGACAAGCAGAACGAGGACUUCCGGUAUGUCUUGUAG